UUAUAAAAAAUAUGUUCAGUAGACCAAAAAUAUGUUUGUUCCUAUUUUUGUUGUCUCAUUCAAAUUCCUUUAUUCACACGAAGAGACAAGACAAGAACUUAGAAUACCCGAAAUUGCAAAACCAUCACGACACCACCGAACUUUAUAAUAUUAUAAGAUGGAAGAGUCAACCAGUUUUUUAUGCAGCGUCGGUGGAAUAUCAGGAAAUAGCCGACGAUCCUUCAACUGAAGAAAGUAUGACUGACAAAUCUACAAACAUAGUACAAAAUUUAACAGUACAAUAUUGGACACCAAUAUUUACCUCUUCAACAGCAACGCCGUCGUCAGAAAUCGCUGACAUAUUUAAUGAACCACAGAAAGAACAUGAACUUUACGAACAUGAACAUAACGAACAUGACCAUUAUGAACAUGAAAGUAAAGACGACGAACACAAAACAACACGAAAACAAAAGGUUGUAGAAAUCACAAACACGACAUUUGAAGCCAUAAUAAAAGAAGACACAAAAGAGAUAUGCCCUCACUUCGUAUUCGUCAAACAGACAUUUGACCUGGAACCAAUGGCCGAUAUUUGGCAAACGGUUUUUUUCUCGCUGCCAAGCAAAAUCCAAUGCUUCAAAAUAAUGAUUAAGAGAAUCACUGAUCAGGAAAAGAAACAAUAUUCUAGAAAGUACGGCAGCUUUAACGGUAUAGUGAACUGGGCGGAAUGUAACCUUGAAAUUUGGGCUGCAACCCAAAAUGGCCGAAGGCAUUUUUUGCAAGGACUCAACGAAGAUGACGGGAUUAUGGACAAUAUUAUUAUUGAGGAUCCUGAAGCUUCAGAUACCACUUCAGGAGCAAAAUUAAAUGCUAAAACCGUUGCCGUGAUACACGAAGAAAGUGCAGACCAAUGGUUGGUCUACAAAAACCUUUUGCUUCUAAGAGAUUGCGACAAUGGUGGUGUUGUCGUGUUCAUCAAGGUACCAGCAAAACCUUCAAAGACCCACAUCGUAGAAGCACUAAAAGUUUUCGGAGAAACAACCUUCAACGGUAAAAUGGCAUGUGAGGAAGAAGAAGAAGUUCUCAAGAGGCGGGAACAAGCUACAAAAUUCUAUAAUACACAGCCAGUGGUUCGACGAUCAAUUGAAGGUCGCAAGAGGCCGUAAGAUGCAGGCGCCCAAAGGCAGGUCGUGGUUGUAUUCCAUUGGGAGAGCCUAUAGCAGAAUUGGCCAUCUACCGGAUUAUGAUAACAACGUUCACAUUAAAUUUACUAAAUAAAAUUAAUUGUAAUGAUAAUACCACUAGAGUUUGUACAAUAGAACGAACAUUACUGGCCAUGGUACUUGUCUGUUCGAUGCUAGGAGUGUAAUUUUAAACCGGAGAAGCGGAGGAAGAGUUGUUUUCCCUUAUAUAGUUUACAAUGCUGUGUUUUCAUUACACGUUAGACACAGGAUUCCUUAGUGGUAAAAUAAAACAACCGUAUUUUACAUAGGUCAGAUCUUGGUUACGACUCCCAUUCAGUAGGUUAGGUUAGGUCAGAACAUGAAAAACCAGCACGAGCCG